CGUAAGAAGAUCUGAACUUUUUUUGUUUGUGACCCUUGUGUGACCUCUGAACUUCAUGCUCUGGUGACCUCCUGUCUUUUGAUUAAUGAUGCUAAACGAUAUGGCCGACGUUAAUACAACAGAGAACUACUCCUGUCAGAAAACUUCAUUAUGGAAUGAUGAUAUAUUUUCCGGUUCGGCUCCAAGAUUUCCGGACUGUUUCCAGAAUACGGUAUUAGUCUGGAUUCCAUGUGGAUUCCUGCUUCUAUGCUCACCAUUUCAGAUCGCUAGCUUGUGUCACAACUAUAUCGGAUAUUCUCUGCCUCUUGGGAUCAGAAGUAUUAUAAAAAGUCUUCUAUGUAUAGUUCUGGCUGCCCUGACAUGCGCAACCAUGGUUUUAUCUUCUACACGUGGAUACCGCUGCGAUUCGGACUCUACGGUACCAGAAGAAUAUUACAUAGGCGCCGGGGCUCUAAUAGUUGUGUUCGUAUACUUAGCCGUAAUCACUCAGGCACUACGUAAAAAUCACGUGAUCUCUUCCGGGAUUUUGAUUACGUUCUGGAUUCUACUUCUAGGCUGUAGCACUGUGCCAUUGCAGUCAGCAAUAUCAUAUAGGCCGAGUUGUGUCACCAGUAUUAUAUACUAUGUCUACUUUACAAUCAUCUGCAUACAACUUGUUCUGUAUUCAUUCGCUGACAAGCCUGAUCAUCCGCAUUAUACUUUUCUUGGACAGAAAGAAAAUUCCCCGGAGGAGACAGCGUCUGUCCUCAACAGAUGGGUUUUCUGGUGGUUUAAUGGACUUGUAAUGAAAGCGUACAGACAAACUCUGGAAGUAAAGGACCUCUGGAACCAAGUGGACUACUUGCGAUCAGAGACGUGUGUCCCAGAACUAGAACAAAACUGGAAGGAGGAAGUUCACAAACAGGCCACAAGAAACGUCAGAAUGCAACAGAAGUUUUCCCAUCCUUAUAUCUACCAAAAUGGUACUUUCACAUCUGAAUCAACACCUCUUAUAUCCAAUCAAAAAUCAGAUAUAGAUGACGACGAAGAAGGCUCCGGGAAUUUCCACCAAGCAAGACCAUCGUUACUUAAAGUUGUGGCAAAAACCUAUUGGAAACAGUGGCUACUUGCCUCCUUCUAUAAAAUUGUAUGUGACGUUUUGUCCAUGAUUCAACCGUUGCUACUUAAACUGAUGAUAGAAUUCCUUGAAAACAAACACACAGAGGACUGGCCCCUGUGGAAUGGCUGGGGACUAGCUAUCUUGUUCUUUAUCAUUGGGGUAGUGGAGUCGCUGUUCUUCACUCAGGCGGCAUUCUGCAUGAUGACCCUGGGAUUGAAAGUGAAAGUAGCACUUGUAGGAUUAAUAUACCAAAAGUCUUUAACAAUGAGUAACGCUGCUAAAAGUCACUACACGAUUGGUGACAUUGUCAAUUUGAUGUCAGUGGACUGUCAGCGAAUACAGGACGCCUUCAUGUUUCAGUACGAGGUCCUCUCCUUCUUUUUCAUGCUGACCCUUGGUUUAUACCUUAUUUGGAAUCAAAUGGGCGUGGCAACUCUGGGAAGCGUGGCAGUGAUCAUUAUAAUAUCGGCGCUUAACAUACUCUUUGGAAAACUUCAACAGAAGUACCAAGGAAUCAUUCUAGCGCUUAAGUCUAGUCGGAUAAAACUGUUAAAUGAGGUGUUAAGUGGUAUAAAAGUUUUAAAAAUGUAUACGUGGGAGCCAUCUUUCACUAAGAAACUAUUGAAUAUUCGGUUACGUGAGAUGAUUUUUCUGAAAAAAGUGUGUGUUGUCACAGCUUUCUCAACGCUUUUCUCUGUGCACAGUCCAUUUAUGAUGAGCUAUUUUGUGUUGCUGAUUUUUACCUUGACAUCAGGAAAUUACCUGGAUGCCAGUAAAGUGUUUGUUUCUCUCUCCAUUAUCAACACUCUUCGCUUCUCUGUAACACUGGUUCCAUUUGUCAUCACAGGAAUAAUACAGAUGCUGGUGUCUUUGAAAAGAAUAGAAGAAUUCCUCUGUAAGGAAGACCUCAAUCAAAAGAACGUGUCGACUUCCUUAACCACAGGAUAUGCUAUUUCUAUAGAUAACGGAUAUUUUACCUGGGACCGAAGAAAUCCUAGAACUACUUUAAACAGAAUUAACCUUGAGGUAGGAGAGGGUAAACUUGUUGCCGUGGUAGGGCAGGUGGGGGCGGGGAAAUCGUCACUUAUAGCCGCCAUGUUGGGAGAGAUGGAGAAGGUCAAGGGUCAUGUAAAUGUACAGGGGACGGUUGCCUACGUACCACAAGAAGCAUGGAUCCAAAACCUAACUGUGAAAGAAAACAUUUUGUUUGGCAGUAAAUUUUCAGAGAAGAAAUACAAACGCAUCAUUCAAGCAUGCGCACUGUUACCGGAUCUGGCUAUUCUCAGUGCUGGUGAUAACACGGAGAUCGGAGAAAGGGGUAUCAACGUCAGUGGCGGCCAAAAGCAAAGAAUAAGUUUAGCUCGAGCAGUCUACAGCAACUCUGAUGUGUAUCUUUUGGACGACCCUUUAUCUGCAGUGGACAGCCAUGUGGGAAAAUCUCUUUUCAAAGAGGUCAUUGGUCAAGAGGGAUUAUUACGUCACAAGACCCGUAUUUUGGUCACGCACGGAGUACACUGGCUACCGAAGGUUGACCUAAUUGUAGUGAUGGAUGAAGGGACCAUCUCAGAAAUAGGAACGUAUGAAGAGUUGAUGCAAAAGAGAGGGGCUUUCUCAGAGUUUCUUGAAACUUAUCUUCUUCAUGGGGAAGACGACACAGAUUCAGAAAUUGCCCAGAUAAAGGAUGAGAUGAGAGAACAGCUAUUCUGCGUGUCGGACCUUGGUUUGUCAUCGGAUAAUUCUGACCUCUCAAGGCGGCAAAGUGCCCGAAAAGCAUCGUUGCGAAGAAAUUCUCGAUUUUCCAAUCCGACAGACAUCAAACGUAGACUCUCACAGUUAAAUGCCAUAGCAGAAAGAAGUCUAAACUUGAUGAAGUCCAUGAACAAUGCCGAGUCACAGCGAGGCUUUUCGAGGUCGAAUUCCAAAAGACGAUUGUCCAGACAGGACAAAAUGAACCCGCUUGAAAAACUACAGAGGUCGUUAUCACAGGGGCGUAUCCUGCCGUACGACAGUGGUGGAGAGUCCGAACCAGAAGAGGGAAAACUAAUCCAAGACGAAAAAUCGGCGGAGGGGACAGUAAAACUCUCCGUGAUUUUCACCUAUAUAAAAGCUAUGGGAGUUAUCGGUACCGCCCUGUCAAUGCUGUUUGUAAUGCUUUUUCAAGGACUUAAUGCCUAUGGUAAUUUUUGGUUGACAUUUUGGACAGAGGAUGAAAUUAUCAAAAAUCAUUCACUGAUUACGACGCACGAAUAUUCCAACCGAAAGUACUACUACCUCGCAAUUUAUACAGUCCUCGGUGUUCUCCAAGGAAUUUUCCUGUUUUUGUUUGUUUACCUCGGACUGACAAGAUUAAUAACUGCUUCCGGAUCCCUGCAUUCCUCCAUGUUAUUUUGUAUUUUACGUUCACCAAUGUCGUUUUUUGACACGACACCUGUUGGUCGGAUCAUGAACCGUUUUUCUAGUGAUAUAGAUAUAUUAGAUGACCGCCUUCCUCGGACCUUCCGGUUGUGGGCUGUGAUGCUGUCUACCUUGUUAGCCAUUUUGGUUGUGAUAUCAGUGAACACACCUAAUUUUCUUAUUGUCAUUAUACCCGUGGGCAUUUUUUAUAUUUUAAUUUUGAGGUUUUACCUCCCUACCGCCAGGCAAUUAAAAAGAAUUGAGGGCGUGACCCGCUCCCCCGUUUAUAAUCACUUUAGUGAGUCCAUCACCGGUGCCAGCUGUAUCCGAGCUUACCGAGCCGUGGACCGAUUUAUUACCGAGUCCCAGACCCGAGUAGACACAAACUCAACAUUCUAUCACGCCGCAAAUACAGCCUCAUGGUGGAUUGCUAUACGACUAGAAUUCUUGGCAAAUCUUCUGGUGCUAGCAGCUGCUGUGUUUUCCGUUCUUUCUGAUACUCUAUCAGGGGCGGGGAUAGGACUCUCCCUAACAUACUCAUUACAGGUUGUAAUAUCCCUGAAUAUGGUCGUCCAGUCUGUGAGCGAGAUGGAAAUGAAUAUCGUAUCAGCAGAAAGGGUAGAGGAGUUCACGAGACUCCAACCAGAGGCUGAAUGGAUCGAACCCAAGAACCGCCCAUCUCCUACCUGGCCUGACACGGGGGAGGUGGAAUUUAAAUCCUACACCACCCGGUACAGGGCAGGUUUAGACCUAGUGCUAAGAGGACUCGACUGUGUCAUUAAAGGAGGCGAAAAGAUAGGUAUUGUAGGUAGAACAGGAGCAGGGAAAUCAUCCGUGACGCUGGCGCUGUUUCGCAUCAUUGAACCAGCAGGCGGAGACAUCAGCAUUGAUGAUAUGUCGAUAUCUUUGAUGGGCCUCCAUGACUUAAGAUCUAAAAUAACAAUACUACCUCAGGAUCCUGUAAUAUUUUCUGGGUCCAUCCGUUCUAACUUGGAUCCGCUCCAGAGAUUUUCAGAUCAGGAUCUUUGGGUGGCGAUAGAGAGAGCUCAUAUGAAAGACUUCGUCACUAGCUGUGUAGGGCAGCUAGAUUACGAAUGUGGGGAAGGAGGCCAAAACUUCAGCGUUGGUCAGCGACAGCUGGUGUGUCUGGCUAGAACUCUACUACACAAAACAAAGAUCCUGAUUCUGGACGAAGCCACGGCAGCCGUGGAUGUAGAGACAGACGAACUGAUCCAGAGGACGAUUAAAUCAGAGUUCAUAGUCUGUGAGUUACUGUCUAUAGCUCAUAGACUCAACACUGUGAUGGAUAACGAUAGAAUAAUGGUGAUGGACAAAGGAUUGAUAGCUGAGUUUGGAGCCCCUCAAAAACUACUGGAGGAUAAAUCCGGGGUCUUCUACUCGAUGGCUAAAGAUGCUAACCUCGUUAAUUAACACAUCUUAUCUAGAAUUAUUACAGUACUGCAAAAUCACUUAUUUUGAUGGCCUUUCAUUUUUGUUGUUUUCAAGGUAU